AUGAGGGGGAGAAAUGACGGGGGGCAGAGCAAGAGGCCCGUCGUGCUCUUCUGCGUCAUGGUCGUGUGCCUCUGCCUCCUCUUCCUCUAUUUCUCGGGCUCCAAUGGGCAGGCUGGGAGCGCGGCACUAGAGUAUGGCACCAAGUUUUCUCGCUCGCUUGGGUGGGGCAGCGAUGGAGAUGGCGACGAUGGCUCAGAGGAGUCGAUUUUUGGGACUGGCGAUGUAAAUGACGUUAAGCUCAAGAGCUUCCCGGUAUGCGAUGAUCGGCAUUCUGAGCUGAUCCCCUGCUUGGAUAGGAAUUUGAUAUAUCAGAUGAGGUUGAAGCUGGAUCUAAACUUGAUGGAGCAUUAUGAGCGGCAUUGCCCUCCUCCUGAGAGGCGAUUUAAUUGCCUGAUUCCACCGCCACAUGGCUAUAAGGUUCCCAUAAAAUGGCCAAAAAGUCGCGAUAUAGUGUGGAAAGCAAAUAUUCCUCACACUCACCUUGCAAAAGAGAAGUCAGACCAGAACUGGAUGAUUGAUGCAGGCGAAAAAAUUAAGUUUCCAGGUGGCGGAACACAUUUUCAUCAUGGAGCUGACAAAUAUAUAUCAAGCAUUGCAAAUAUGCUAAACUUCAAAGAUAACAUUAUAAACAAUGAGGGAAUGCUUCGUACUGUACUUGAUGUGGGCUGCGGAGUGGCUAGUUUUGGAGGAUAUCUUCUUUCAUCGAAUGUCAUAGCGAUGUCUUUGGCACCAAACGAUGUACAUCAGAACCAGAUCCAAUUUGCUCUUGAAAGGGGGAUCCCUGCUUAUCUUGGUGUUUUGGGAACAAAAAGGCUUCCAUACCCCAGUAGAUCGUUCGAAUUAGCCCACUGUUCUCGUUGCAGGAUUGAUUGGCUUCAGAGAGAUGGAAUUCUUAUGCUUGAACUGGACAGAUUACUCAGGCCUGGAGGUUAUUUUGCUUAUUCAUCUCCUGAGGCAUACGCACAGGAUGAGGAGGACCGUAGAAUCUGGAAAGAAAUGAGUUCCCUUGCAGAAAGGAUGUGCUGGAAAAUUGCAGAGAAAAAAAACCAGACAGUUAUUUGGGUCAAGCCUCUGAACAAUGAUUGCUACAGGAGCCGGCCGCGUGGUACAAAUCCACCUCUAUGCAAAAGUGGUGAUGAUCCAGAUUCAGUAUGGGGAGUGACAAUGGAAGCUUGCAUUACUCCAUAUCCAGAACAAAUGCACAGGGAUGGGGGAAGUGGAUUGGCUCCUUGGCCUGCUCGAUUAACAACCCCACCUCCUCGUCUUGCAGAUUUGUAUGUUACAGCUGACACAUUUGAAAAAGAUACGGAAAUGUGGCAGCAAAGAGUAGACAAUUAUUGGAAUUUAUUGCGCCCAAAGGUAAAACCAGAGAGUAUUAGAAACAUCAUGGACAUGAAAGCAAACUUUGGAUCAUUUGCUGCUGCUCUCAAGGAAAAGGAUGUAUGGGUGAUGAAUGCUGUGUCCCAUGAUGGACCAAACACUCUUAAGAUAAUCUAUGACAGAGGGCUCAUAGGCUCUACACACGACUGCUUUCUCCCUGCAGAAUUAUAUGCAGUUUGUACCGUGUGUGAGGCAUUCUCUACUUAUCCUCGAACAUAUGAUCUUCUACAUGCGUGGACAGUCUUCACCGACCUUGAGAAAAGAGGUUGCAGUGCUGAAGAUCUGCUCCUUGAAAUGGAUCGUAUACUCAGGCCAACUGGUUUUAUCAUCGUGAGAGACAAGGCCCCUAUCAUUGUAUUCAUCAAGAAGUAUCUCAAUGCACUUCACUGGGAGGCAGUAACCGUUGUGGAUGGUGAGUCCAGUCCGGAAUCUGAGGAGAAUGAAAUGAUACUCAUAAUCCGGAAGAAAUUGUGGCUACCAGAAGCAGGUUCACAGGACUCGACUAUUAAUUCAGGGCGGUUUUCACAAAAAUGCGAUAAUCUAGUCGUAACAGUGGGCCAGGUGCCAUGCUGGCCCGCUACUUUCCUUUUUCAACGAAGUUGGCGUCGAGCCGAUCACGACGACGGAGCAGGCGGUGUUGCCUUUCAGAGGAGGCCUGGCUGGUUUACUGAACCAACUCUAGCUGAUGUUGACCAUGGAGUAGUUCUUGUUGAGCAUGGAGCAGUUGCUGAUGAUCAAGCUCCAAUUGAUGUUGCUCCUGCUCCAAUUAAUGUUGACUCUGCUCCAAUUCCUGUUGAUCCUGCUCCAAUUGCUUUUGCACCUCCUCCUGACGCUGUUGGUUCUGCUCAUAAGAUUUAUGCUGUUGGUCUUAAUAAUGCGUAG